AAACCAUUUGGGCCCUCAACGCUAGCUCCACAAUGGGAUCUAUCCAAGAGUGACAUCUGGUUCUCUACCAAGAGCUUCGGAGCUUGGCAGGGCCACCCAAGCAAUAUUAUCCAACUAAUCAAAGCGAACCGGGCGUGCGAUAUUGAUUUCGCUCGGCGCCAAGUAGACAUGCCCAACGGACAACCAGAUCACUGGAAGGCUGUGUUGAUCAUUGUCCCAAUCGUCUGCACGGGUCUUGCAAUGGCUUGUUUCCUCCUUCGCCUGUACUCGAACUUCUUGGCACAUCACAAACUGCGAAUUGAGGACGCACUGAUGGGAGCUGGUCUCCUUUGUACUUGGGGAGUCGCGAUCUGCAUCGUAUAUUCCGCCAUUCAUGGAAUCGGAACGGGAGGAUCGAUCUGGGACCUGCCUCGUGAGCAAAGGUUGCGCAUCUCACUAUCCAACUGGAUUUUACAGAAAUUUUGGCCAGUCGCACAAGUCUUUGUGAAAGUUUCAAUCUUACUCUUCCUUCGAAGAGUAUUGGGCAUUGUUGACUGGGUCAGACAUACUGCAACUGCUCUCAUGAUCUUCGUUGUUGCUUGGGGAGUUACAGCCCUAAUCGCGAAUACGUUUCAGUGCUGGCCUGUCCAGUAUUUCUGGAUCAAAAGCAUUGAAGGAUCUUGUAUGCCUGGGCAGACUACCCUUUACACUAUAAUUGGAUCAUUCUCGGUGGUGGGGGAUGUUCUCAUUCUUUGUCUGCCGCUUCCAAUCGUGUGGGGGCUUCAGAUGCGCCUGCGUGAAAAGAUUGAGCUCACAUGCUUGUUUAUGAUGGGCUGUUUGUUGUGCUACUGGGUCCUAAAGCUGACCUCGCUGAAGAGUAUUUAUAUUCAGCAUUCUGCAGGCAUUAUCUUAUAUUUUAUCACAGAUAGCAGUGGCAUGUCAUUGAUAUGGGCGAUCUUGGAAUUAGACAUGGCAAUCAUAUGUGGUUCUCUGCUAUUGGUCAAACCUCUCUUCCAGUCCUGCAUGGGAAGAGUACGGAAGGGCCUCAACCGACUUAGCAGUGGCUCGCACUCACUUUGCUCUAACGGUGUUGCCAACCCAUCUCGUGGAUCCCGGGAGCCAAAUGAGGUUGAAUUUGGACGUGCUGAGAUGUUGACCAUCCCAACAGCAGCAAGAGUGAGGCCCAGUCCAACCCAUAAUGCCAAUUAUGGUAUUGAUUGGAGUAUGACCGAAGAUACUCCAGACUAUGAUCAUUUCUUAAAUCCCGCUGCACAAAAAUUGAAGAGCACCGUUGUGACAUGA